AUGAACAACAUUAAAGCAUUGAAAACUUCUAUUCCCCCAGAUUUCUUUGGAAAAACCUUCCGCGAUGCUGCUGAGGUAGCCCUUGAAUUGGGCAUAAGCUUCGUCUGGAUCGACAGUCUCUGCAUCAUCAAAGAUUCGCCCGAAGACUGGCAAAACGAAUCCGUGCAGAUGUCUCAGGUAUACGGCAACUCAUCAUGCAAUAUAGGAGCUACCUCUUCCUCCAACACAUUUGGGGGGUGUUUCAGCUCACAGAAUUGUGACGAGUUGAAACCAAUCAAGUAUAAGUUCAAUGAGCAACACGAUGGCGUCGAAUUCUACCUCACGAACGCCACGCAUUGA